AUGAAUUCACUAUUGUAAAGUGAAACACUUAGUUUAACAAAAUAUGAUAAAUCAACUAAAAGAAGAAACUCUUAUUAAGAUGAAGAUCUUCCAGAAUUUGAAAAUACAAAAACUAUUUCAUUAACAAAUUAUUCUAAAAAUACUGAAUCAUCAGAUUCUAAUUAUAUUUAAACUUUGAGUUUAACUAAUUUAUCUAAAUAAACUAUUAGAUAAUCAAGUAUAAUAUUUUCAUGUAUUAGGUGAAUUUAAUAGUGUAAGAACACUCUCUCUUACAAUUAUGACAAAAAUUACUAUAAAAGAAGACGGGUCAAUAAAUAAUGGAAGAAGAUCAUAUUGA